GUGUGUAUUGUCUGGCGCACGGACUUGUGUAUAUGAACUAGUAGCUUAUCGCUGCUGUCAACAUAUCUGCCGUAUUCUGGGAGCGACAGCUGGAUACUUUUACAGUAGUGGUGUACAGUGGCUAGCUUCCUGGAAUACUUACUAUGCGGUUUGAUGAUAUUCUGAAAGCCAUUGGAGAAUUUGGACCUUAUCAAAGACGGAUUUAUUUUUUCAUAUGUCUACCAAUAAUCUUCAUAGGUAUAUCUGACAUAAACAACGCCCUUCUACUCUUCCCUCCUAAACACAGGUGUAAUGGAAACAGUGUGCCAGGUACCAUUACGAAUUACUCAGACGUAGGAACAGAACAAACCACAAAUAUUUCCGAUGGAUAUAUACAAGACACUGAAGCUGAUGAAUGCUUUACACGUGCGGUCAACUCAUCCGACCGUGGUCCCGUGACACGGCCGUGCACUUCCUGGACAUAUGACCAAUCUGUUUUUCUUGAAACGAUCGUGUCAAAGUAUGACCUGGUCUGUGAAAGUGCGGCUAUCCCAGCGUAUAUGCAGAUAUUCAUGUACUCCGGAGCUCUGGCCGGAUCCCUUUGUCAAGGAGUUUUCGCCGACAGGUUCGGCCGACAACGAGUGAUAUGUUGCAGUCUUGUCCUCGUUUUCCUAUCGGGAUUCGCGUCAGCAUGGGCACCAAAUUAUUAUGUGUUUGCUAUUCUACGAUUCAUCCAGAUAAUGACUUCAAGAGGUGUUUACAUAUCGUCAUUCAUUCUAGCUAUUGAAUUGGUUGGACCUUCCAAACGUCAGUGGGCCGGGUUUCUGUUCAAUUAUCCUUACUCGGCCGGAAUCGCAAUGUUGGCGGGGAUAGGAUAUGGUCUCCGUCACUGGAAAUAUAUCCAAAUUGCUUGUUCAGCUCCUGUUCUGCUGUUUUUGAUAUACUGGUGGAUCAUUCCUGAGUCCCCUCGUUGGCUAAUCAGUCAUGGAAAGGUAGAACAGGCAAGGACAACUAUAUUAAAAAUGGCUGCUUCCAGUAAAACCGUGAAUUGCGUCCCUUCGCACGAGAACAUGGUCGAAAAAAUUGAUAGAGCUGUACAAGAACAUAGUAUGAUGGAUUAUUUUAAACGCCGUUCCCUUCUAUGUCAAUCCUUGGUUAUAUUUUUCAAUUGUUUUGUGGUAUUCCAUUGUUUCUUUGGGUUCACACUGAACACCGGAAAUCUGGCAGGAAACUUCUACCUAAACGUUCUACUAUGUGGUCUUGCUGACUUCCCCGGCUACACAAUAGCCCUGUUCUCAGCUGGCAGAGUGGGCCGGAAGAAGCUGUACAUAUCGGGUAUGGCGGUGGCGGGAGUGUCACUGCUAGGAAGUGGUGUCACAUCCAUCCUCGCAACAGGAGAUUUUAAAUUGGUUCCAAUUGUGUUGGCAAUGAUAGGGAAAACAGGAAUGGCGGUAGGCUUCAGUGUUAUCUACGUGUGGUCGGCGGAGCUUUUCCCGACUGUGGUCCGAAACACUGGCAUGGGGAUAAGUACGUCCUUGGGAAACAUGGGAUAUAUGGCGGCCCCAGGUGUUGCAAGAUUGGCCACGGUGGUUCCUGGGCGGAUAGGACAUGCAGUCCCCCUUUUCGUGUUUGGAUUUCUAUCUCUUAUUGCAGCCUUAUUGACAUUGAGUCUUCCAGAAACACAGAACGCAAAUCUUCCAGAAACGGUUGCUCAUGCCAAGGCCAUGAUCAGAAAGAAACAAUACCAACCCAGUAGUAGCAAAGAAAUAGUUGCCGAACGAAUUGAUAUAUCUUUGGUCAAUUCAUAAAAACAAAUUAAAGCGCUUGAUAAAACCAAUGAGUGACCCUAUAUUUUUUCGAUGACCAUGGUAGCAAACCAGUUAUGUUGUUUUAUAAGGAAGAGGUCAAGAAAUAACCAUCCUCAAAAAUAAGACCGGAAUUUAAAAGAACACUGGAAUCUAUCUAGCCUUAAGACAGGAUAGCGUGACUGGUUGGUGUUUGAUGUUAGGACAAUCCACUUUACAGUGUUGUAUUGUUCUUUUUCUUAGUCAAACAUAGAGACCGGAAAUAAUCUAUGGAAAUAUAGACGAUAAUCUUUAUUUACGUUUUUUUGCAUCAUGUAUAAACUGACAUUUUCGGAAAUCAUGUUUCCUGCAACCAUGUCAAAAUAUCGAAAUACGUCCAUUGUAUCACUUUCAGUGACACUUUUAAUAUUCACAAGUUUUUAUCAGUUAGCAUCGUCACGGAUGUAUGAUUUCAACAUUAGCAUGAUGAUGUAAGUCAGUGCUGCAAGGGAGGUAAAUCCAGUGAUUGCGCAUUUACAAACAGCGACCAUGUAUUGGAGACAGCAUUACAGAUAAACACAAAGCACGAGUUACCUUCCCUUGGCAUAAACGCUUACGGUCCAGCGUAUAAUUUAGCUAGAACCUCACAGCACUACAGGAGAGGCGGAUAUAUCGAUCUAUGUAUGCAACGUUACCGACUCUGUGUUUUAUAAACUGGAUUUAAUGUCCGAACACUUUCAAUUCCUAUUCCUUUAUGGAGUAAAUAUUUUCAGCAAUCCAUGAUGUAAGGAGAAAAUGGGUCCAACAAUAUUUUUGUUAAGUUUUGAGACGUUUAAGAGACAAAGUCAGUUUCUAUAUUAGUUUUUAUGCUACAUAAUCUGCACCAGUGGUACUAUCGUUUUAACUUUCAUCAGAGAAGUGAUGACACCAUUGAUUCUAUUUCGGAGUGCUUACUUUAAAACAAACACAGGAAUGCAUGAUUGAUUUACCAAAUUCAAAUCAAAUACAGUUUUCAUAUACUUAACAUUAUCAUGCUACUAAAUAUAUCAAAACUCAAUAAAGUAUCGAAAAGGUAGUUAAACUAAAGCACACAUAAAAACUGCUUCUAAUAAAUAAAAAAUAUACGUCAAA